UUUUACAGACGGAUUUCCGGUGUCUACAGUAAACAAAAACAGGAGUUGAAUUUUUCAUUAAAGUACAAUACUAAUCCUAGAUCUACGUUGAAAAAAAUCCUAAUUAAAGAUGGGAUGCGAUGGUGGUACGAUUCCUAAGAGAGACGAAUUAGUAAGAACAAAAAAGAAAGGAGAACAGAAAGAUAAAACCUCAGAACUAGCUUUUAAGUGGAAGCACUGUGCUAUAAGUCAAGAAGUUUUGGUCAAACCAAUUGUUGCCUGCGAACUUGGAAGGCUCUACAACAAAGAGUCAGUACUUGAGUUUCUACUUGACAGAACUAAGUUUGAUGUAGCUUCUCAGUUUGAUCAUCUCAGAGGCUUAAAGGAUAUUAAGGAGUUAAACCUAACAGACAACCCUGAAAGUAAAUCAAGAGAUCCAGAGAAAUGUGAUGGCUAUUCAGAUCCAAGCAUUUCCGACUUCAUUUGUCCAGUAGUAGGUUUGGAGAUGAGUGGAACUUUCAAAUUCUGUUUCUUGUGGUCAUGUGGCUGCGUCAUUUCUGAGAGGGCUUUAAGAGAAGUGAAGACUGAAACCUGUCAUAAGUGUGGUAAAGUUUAUCAAGGAGAAGACGAUGUUGUCAUUUUGAAUGGAUCUGAUGAGGAAGUUGUGGAAAUGAGGGCCAAAAUGGAAAGACGACGAGCAGCUGCUAAAGUUUCAAAGAAAACUAAAAAAGCAGUGAAGCACAAAUUGCCUGAACCAGCUUCAGAAGGUGAAAUUGCUUCAAAAAAGACCUGUGAGGAUACCCCAUCAUCCUCUUCCUCAUCCUCACCACAAAGUCAGAAAUCCAAACUUGUAAAUGGGCUCAACAAAGAUGGGGCUAGUAGUAAGACUGGUGUAGGGAGACUCAUCACAGCCAAUGGGAAGCCAGCCACUGACAAGGGAAGUAAGCUGAAGACCAGCACCAUUCAAUCAGAUCCCAAAACAAGCAAGACAUUCAAAUCUUUAUUUACCACCUGUGAAGAUGCCAAGAACAGAAAAGUAGCCCAUUGGGUCACUUACAAUCCCUUAUAUUAUUAAUAAUUUUCUUUCAGGCCAGGGUUUCUUUCUUGAGCUCUAAACACAAAUAUUUAAACCCUUAAAUAUCUCAUUAAAAACUGAAAAUGUUUACUGUGAAUAAAAUAUUUUUGCAAAUUUUUUUUUUUACAUUUGAGCAACGCAUUAUGUUUAUUGUUCUUGUUAUGCUGAUUUUACCCUCACAAUUUAAAUUUAUAACUCCAAUACCAUAAAUUCAUAAAAAAUAGGUAAAGAAUUUUUUUAAAGAAUAACAGGCAAAAUUCAGCAUCCAUAUUCUAGGAUUUUUUAAAAACUUUGCCAAAUUAAUAUUUUUCUGGAAUAAAAGUGUUGCACAUUGAAA